CCAGAAUGGAUGUUUUCACCGUUCCUCAGAAGAGAGAUGAAGGGUGGUACCUGUCACUCAUGGCACCAAAUACAAAGGGGCCAAAGUUUGCAUGGCUCGAUCCCUCCAGACUUUACUGCAAUUCCCAGGCAUUGUCGGACUGUGUGAGGGAUCUUCUCAGACCAUUCAAGAGCGAGCAGAUUGACCUGGUGGCUGGUAUCGAUGCAAUGGGCUUCAUCCUCGGUUCAGCAGUGGCCAUCAAAUUAGGAAAAGGUUUUCUGGCCAUCCGAAAAGCAGGACACCUGUGUGUGCAAACCGAUUUGCAGGAUUACGUCGACUACACUGAAAGAGAGAAGUUAAUGGAAGUGCGAGUCGACGUCUUAAAACCGGGUCUGCGUGUUCUCAUAGUUGACCAGUGGAUAGAAACUGGAGGAACGAUGAGGGCAGCCAUUCAACUGGUAGAAAGACAGGGAGCGAAUGUUGUGGGUGUCACUGCCAUAGCCAUCGAGAAAAGCGAGGGUGGAAAGUGGAUCAUGGAAAACUACAAGUGCUCCCACUGCGUCCCCAAGAACCUCCAGUGUCAAAUAGAAAACCAAACCCUCAUUGGUUAGACGUGUUAAAGAAAAGGAAGCCGCAAUACAUGACCAAAAGUAUGUGGACGGCUGACUAUAUGCUUGUUUGUCAUCCCACAGUUGGAUAGCUUUUCUUCCUUGUAAAACUGCGUGUUUCAGGUCUUCAGCAUCUGCUGGGUUCAGUUCAGAACUUUGAUUAGGCCACUUCUUUUCUUAAGUGCUACUAAACAGUUACAGCAUUAUCAAGUACAUAUGAUCUUACUUUCUUUUGUAGAAUGGUUUUACAUAGUGGAGUUUGUCCUUUACUCAAUAAUGGCAAGUUUACUUUCUUUCAGGAAGGUCCUGGGUUCAAUCCCCAGGUGGGGCGGUCUGGGUCCGGGUCUGGGUCCUUUCUGUGUGGAGUUUGCAUGUUCUCCCCAUGUUCUCCCCGUGUCUGCGUGGGUUUACUCCGGGAGCUCCGGUUUCCUCCCACAGUCCAAAAACAUGCAAGUGAGGCAAGUGAGGAAAAGCUGUAGCCUAGUGGUUAAGGUACUGGACUAGUAAUCAGAAGGUUGCUGGUUCAAGCCUCACAGCUGCCAGGUUGCUGCUGUUGGGCCCUUGAGCAAGGCCCUUAACCCUCAAUUGCUCAGACUGUAUACUGUAACUGUAAUGUAAGUCGCUUUGGAUAAAAGCGUCUGCUAAAUGCCAAAAAUGUAAAUGUAAAUUGGAGACACUAAAUUGUCCACGACUGUGAUCGAUAUAACCUUGUGAACUGAUAAACCUUGUGUGAAGAUAAACUACCGUUCCUGUCAUGAAUGUAACCAAAGUGUAAAACAUGACGUUAAAAUCCUAUUAAACAAACAAAAAAACUUUCUUUCAGACAUAAUAAUUUGAAUAAUUGAUCUAUAGGACAUUAAUACAAAAGUAUUAAAAUAUAGGCUUCAGGUAUACCAAUGUUCCUUUUGGUCAGCAGUGGGUUUCCUUUUUUCUAUUCUGCCUCCAACAUAUGAACAUGAAUUUUUGCUAUGCCCUUUUUAUUUUGUGAGGUCAUACACAAUCAUAAACAGUAAUUCCUGAAUCAGUUGUCACUUGGGUAUCGGAGAAAUAUUUGGCUGGGAAAUUUUCAGUUACUUCUGAAUAGAUUCACCAGUGUUCCAAGUUUCCUUGGCAGUAAUGGUUCUUAAUGUGGUUCAGUCCUAGAGCCUUAUAAAUGACCCUGUCCAGACUGAUUUUUUCCUUCAAAUCAUACUCAAAAUGUCUGAUUUUUUUAGAAUGUGACAUAGUGUUCCUGUAGGAACCUUAUAGAAUAAGUAACCAAUUGGGUAAUUACUUGGUCAUUAAGUUGAUGUGUUUUGCUUUUGCUACAUAAUUGUAUUUUUGUAAUAAUUUGUAAUUUAAUUAUCUAACAGCCACACUGAUAACCAA